GCGCGUUGGUUCCACGCUGCUGUCUUGUGAAUGGGUCAAGACUAAAAAAAACAAAAAAAAACAGAAAGCCAUCCGGUCUCUCGGUUUUAAACGGGUUACCCAUGUCCCUCCGUUCAUUCUGGACUGUCAGAUAACGGACCUGUCACGCGCCGACAGAUCAAGAACUCUCAAAUUUGAGCUCGACGUGUUGCUGGUAGAGUCAUGACCCUGAGACCAGCCAAUGGCUGCAGACAGCUGACCUUGACCAUUGGCCUGACCCUGACCCUAGGCCUGCUGCAGUGGCCAAUAGGAGAUGUCAGUGGUCAGGAUGGACCGUCUCCUACGCAAGUCCUUCAGGAGCUGCUGACACGCUAUGGUGACAACACCAGUAUCUCCGUCCCUCAGCUCCGAGCGCUCCUCGUGCGCUUAAACGGAGCCCAGAGUGGAGACCAUGAUGCACAAACACAGCCCGCCAAAACCAAUGCAUCUCAGUGCUUGGCUGCAGACACUCUGGCAGCGUAUGGGAUGAGCGAACAGUCCCGUAUAGAUGAACGAGGCCUGCAGGAAAUCUGCCCUACCAUGAUACAGCAGCUGGACUCACAAGCGUGCAAGACCCAACAGGGUCAAGAGUCCGAGACCAGCCCCAGACCCACUGAUGCUGAGGUGUGGGGUUACUCAUUUUUGAGUGUGACUCUGAUUAGUGCGUUCGCUUUGACUGGUGUUUUUGUGGUGCCCCUGAUGAGGACGCGGUUCAUGCGCAGAUCAUUCAUCUAUUUCAUCGCUCUGUCCAUCGGAACGCUGUUCUCCACCGCCGUCCUGCAGCUCCUGCCAGAGGCCUUCGGAUUCGACCCCAUGGAGGAUUAUUAUGUGUCCAAGUCUGCUGUCGUGUUUGGAGGAUUCUACCUGUUCUUCUUUACAGAGAAAGUCCUGAAGAUGAUCUUAAAGCCAAAGGACAGGGGAGGGCAUGGCCACGGCCACAGUCACUUUCCUGCGGAGCGCUAUGCCAGCUCUAAUGGAGAUUUGGAGGAUGGUGUGAUGGAGAAGCUGCAGAAUGGAGAGGCUGGAGGAGCAUCUUUACCCAGAGCAGAAGGAGAUGUCAGAGGACUCGGAGAAGACGACAAAAUGCUCAGCACUGGCCAGACGGUACAGGACUCUCAGAGUUCGGGUGGUGCUGGAACGGGUGGAUGUUAUUGGCUGAAGGGCAGGGCAUACUCUGACAUCGGCACUCUGGCGUGGAUGAUCACUCUGAGCGACGGUCUGCAUAAUUUCAUCGAUGGUUUGGCUAUCGGAGCUUCCUUCACUGCUUCUGUGUUUCAGGGCGUCAGUACGUCGGUGGCAAUUCUGUGCGAGGAGUUUCCACACGAGUUGGGUGAUUUUGUAAUCCUGCUAAACGCUGGCAUGAGCAUCCAGCAGGCGCUCUUCUUUAACUUCCUGUCGGCGUGCUGCUGUUAUCUGGGCAUGGGCUUCGGCAUCCUGGCCGGGAACAACUUCUCUCCUAACUGGAUCUUUGCUUUGGCCGGAGGCAUGUUCCUCUACAUUGCAUUGGCUGAUAUGUUUCCGGAGAUGAACGAGGUGAGUCGUGAGGAAGAGGAGGCCGGAGGAAGUGGCUCUCUGUUAACUUUUGCCAUCCAGAACGCAGGGCUGCUCACCGGGUUUGCCAUCAUGCUUGUGCUGACCAUCUACUCUGGACAGAUACAGCUUGAAUAGCAGAGGACCUAAACACAAGGACUAUCUCAGCACCUGGACUAAACCCUGAGACAGACUUCAGUAUGAGCCAGCUGUGCUGGCUUGUUUUAAAACAUUUGCCCAGCUGGACUAGGUCAUGACAUAAAUUGAAAUGUUUUGGCCAUAGCGUGGGCUCCAAGUAAACCCUGGACUGUUAAAAUGAGGCUAGAAUUGACCGACCUGUGAACUUUGCUUUAGAUUCAUCCAAAACCCAGGACCUAUUAAUGGAUGUGCUGCCAGUCAUCUAGUGCAGGCCUUCUCUCGUUCUUUUGCCUCAAAGCUUUAGGACACAGUGAUGUUCCUGUACCGUGUGGAUUCUAGCUGCCCGACAUAUACAAAUGGGCAUUUUUGCAUUGAUUUUUAAUGUUCUCAUUAUUUAAUUUUCAACAAAAUGUCUCUUUCCCUCAGAGACAGGCCUGACCAAGAACUUUACAGUAUUGUCCACUGACAGAUGUGCAACGGAUGGGAUGAAACUUGACUCGUUUUACUGACAUUUGCCCAAAUGUAGGAUAUUUCCUAUGCUUCAUACCAAAUGGUUUUAUUUAUUCAAAAGAAGAAUUCUAAAACAACCAGAAAAAAAAAACUAAAUAAUACCAGUUGCUUGGAGACAAGACUAUAUAGACUGUAUAGACUAGUUAGUUGGCCCUUAUAAUUCUACUAAACUGAACAUGAUGUAGGUCACUUUAAUCAAAGGUUACUGUGCACUGUUGCGUAAGUAGAUUUUAGUUUGGAUACAAAGCAGUGUCUGUUCACUAAUAUAUCCCUGUUUGAUUUCGCCCCUCAAUGCCAUUCCAUAAUAGCAGUAGACGCUUGAAACAUUAAGGCACUCAUUCCUUUGUUAUUGAUGGGUUUUAUUUUACAAAAAAGCAGAGACCAAGAUUCUUCCAGAAUAAUUUCCUUUAACUUUUAUCUUUCCGACCAGAAUAAGUGGCGCAUAUUUUUAAAAACACCCUCCUAUUUUUUUGUACUUUGUAUAACAUUGCAUAUUAAUUGACGGUGAUAAAUGAUCACACCAGUUAUCGUUGCCUUUAAUUAUGGUAAUUGCUCUUAUAAAACAUGUAUUUUCCACAUCCUUUCAUUUGACCCGAAUGCAGUGCUCUUCAUAAUUAAAGAAAUAAUUAGGAAACGCAGGCAAAAUGUGCUUAUAAAUAUGGUGUUGUAGUGUUUCAACAAUAAUAUGAUCAUUCCUUAUAAACCUUUCCUUUCCUCAUUUAGCACUACAGCACAAUUCUUAGAGCUCUUGUCUAAUUAAGCAUCUAGACUGACAGAAAUCAUGUUGAAUAUCGUUGGAUUUUAAGCUGAAGUGUGCAAUUUCUGCGGCACUAGUUUAGUCAAAUGCAAAAUUCAGACUGUUUUAAAAUAGAUUUCCUGAUCACAUACUAUUGUUUUCAAUUUCACAGUGUUUAAACUUUUAGGGAAAAACAUCAACCAACAAAUGACUUGCUUAUCACAUUAAAUCUGCAUAUUACAUUUUUUUAAACAUGGCUUGAAAUUUAGAAUUCAGUUCCUAAUUUUAAAGUCAGGAAUAUUAUUAUAUGUAUGAUCUACUAUGAUACAGAUGUUAAAUUUCUAUGCAUCAGCAUAUUAUUUCAGUGGAUAGAACAAGCUAUGAGAUUAUUCAGAAAUCGAUCAGCCUUUGCUCCCUGGGUAUCACUUUUGUCUUCCACAUAAAAUCAAUUUUCCAUUAUGCUUCCAUUGCUUAAUAUUCAUGCUAGUAAUAUAUUCGUAUCAGCGAUUGCACUGCUAGUUUAACGGUGUAACAUCAGUUGAACCUGACGCCCCAGUGUAUGCUUACAAGAUCAUUCUGUUCAUCACAUGAAAGGUCAUUUUAGCUCUGUAUGAACUGAACAUGAAGCGUUCUUGUGCAUAUGGUCAACAGAUCUGAGUGUAACUUUAUUUCAGGGCCGUAUUUGUUCUUUUAGACUGUAAGCGUUAUUUAUUUAUUUUUUUAAUAAUGCCCCUUUGUUUAAGUGUAUGUAGUUGCAUUCAGCUUUGUGUGCAGCCAUUGUUUCAGCAUAUUGCUAUGCAUCGACAUGUCCUCUGAAGUGAGUUUAUGCCUUAAAGAGAGGAGGUCGUCUAAACACCAUCAUUCAGUGGUGAGAAGUUUUAAGUUUUUGUACCUCAUUUUAAAUUUAGUAAUAUUUAAAAACUAUUUUGUAGGGUAGAAUGUGUGUGAAUGUCUGUGAUUUUUAAGUCAUUGAUUUAUGCAUUUUGUCAUCAGUAAUUCAUUGCAUUUAAAUGAUAAGAGGGAGCUGUUUUGUUUUUGUUGUUGUUGUUGUUGUGAGAGAGUUUGUGAGCAAAUCAACAUCUUGUUUUGUUGUUGUUGUUGUUGUUUUUUUAUGGAAGGUGAAGCUAGUGUACAUGUUAUAAUGAAGCCAUUAUUUUAAUUACUGUAAACAUCUCAAGUGUUGUGUGUCUCAUAGGCAACAUGUGAAAUCUUAUUGCUGGUGUAACUGUUUUUUUGUUUGUUUUUCUUUUGAAAUAUUAAGCCCAUGAGCUUUAAGUUCAUCUUUUGUGCAAUGAAAAAAAUUAAAAACAUGAUACAAUCUGA